UUACAGGGGAUCAUGACUCAUGUUCAGUCCAAGAGUGGGAAGUCAUGAUGUUAUCCUAUUUGAAAAAGAAGGGCAUCCCUGUGGCUGAACAAGCUGAUGAAGUAGUAUCUAAGCUUGUGGGGAGGGCACAUGAAGUGGUUAAAGUGGGCAUACGCAGUAAGCCAGUUUUGAAUCUGCGUGAAGGACCUGAGCCCAUUUUUGAGUUACUGAAGCAACACUUUAGUGAUACUAUGUCCUCCAGCUUGCCCUUAGCUGAUUUUUAUGCUACUGUGCCCCAUCCUGACGAGCACCCCUUUGACUAUUGGCUGAGACUUAAUAAAGCUCUGGAUGUGACAGAGGACUCUCUAAAGAGACAAAAUAAGGCUUUUGACUAUCUGUCACGUGACUUAGCUGCCAUGUUUAUCCAGAACUGUCCUGAUCCUGAACUGUCGCUCAUAUUCAAGUGUAGACAGCUGAAAGAAUGGACAGUUGCAGAAAUUCACGAGAAGCUCGUUGAACACUGCAGAGCUCGCAAGCGACUAUCCAAACACAGUGUGACCAAUGUUUUGCCUUCUCAGCAACAGGAGGUCACCACUUCUAUGCAACGUGCGACACUCACAAGUGCGAUUGUGCCUGCGGCUGCUGUUGUGUCGCCACCUGCUGGACAGGCAGCCGAGAGCUCCCCGGACCGCCUGGACCAGGUCAUCACUCUGCUCGAACGUGUUCUGGAGCAGCAGCCACAACAGUACAAGUUUCAAAACCUCGUUGCCAGUGUAUGGGAGAAGAGCACGAGGUGCUGUACCCGAUGAUGAGCCCAUGAUUCUGACCAGUACAUGUUCCGUUUCAUGCAGGUGCUGUACCCGAUGAUGAGCCCAUGAUUCUGACCAGUACAUGUUCCGUUUCAUGCAGGCAGAUAAAGUCAGCAUUCAUCUCAUCCUGUCUCCUGAUUGUCAUUGAACACAACGCAGACACAAACUAUACGACGAAUGGAAACACAGAACUGGGUUAUGAUUAUUUGGACCGAGCUGAAUUAAUACACGGCCAAGUUCAGCA